AUGUCGUCUUUAGAGUGUGACGUUUCAAACACAUUUUCAAAGAAUUAUAAAUUUAGUGAAAGAUUAUUCGAUAUAGAAAAUGAUAUGUCUAAUGAAUUGGAAUUAUUAAAUUUUAAACCACCUAUUGAAUAUGUUUACAAUCCACUAAAAUAUGCUAAAAAUUUACACGAAAACUUUACUAAAAAAUAUUUUGAAAAAUGUACUAAAAAAAUAUUAUUUCUCGGAAUGAAUCCUGGUCCCUGGGGAAUGUGUCAAACAGGUGUAGUGUUUGGUGAAAAAAAUUUCAUUAAAGAUUGGAUGAAAUUAUCAGGUAAAGUUAGUAAACCACAUAUUGAACAUCCGAAAAAAAAAAUUAGUGGACUUGAAUGCAAUCGUACUGAAAUAAGUGGUAAAAAAUUUUGGGGAUUUUUUAAAAAAUUAUGUAAAACUCCUGAACAAUUUUUUAAACAUUCUUUUGUAUAUAAUCAUUGUUGCUUAGCCUUUAUGGAUGCAACAGGGAAAAAUAUUACACCUCCAGAGAUUAAGGAUUUAGCGAUUAAAAAAAAAUUGUAUGAAAUUUGCGAUCGAGCCCUAAUUAAAAUUCUUAAAGAAUUUCAUUUUGAAAUAAUUGUAGCUAUUGGAAAAUUUGCUGAAAAAAAUGCUUUAACUGCCCUUAAAAAAAAUGGAAUUGGAAAUGUAAAAGUAUUGUCAAUACCUCAUCCGAGCCCUCGUAAUGCCAAAAAUUUUUCAAAUUGGGAAGAAGUGACAUUAAACAAAUUAGAAAAUAACAAAUUACUCAAAUUCUUUAAGGAUAAUCAGUGA